AUGUUAAAGUAUUAUAAUCGAUCACUGACGUUCGAUGAAUUGGUUUUAAAACUAUCUGCAUUGAAAGAUACAACAUGUUAUAUACUAAUUUCUGAUCCUGCUCUAUAUUAUUCACACCACUCUAGUGAUACUAUUAAAUUGUCAUUGAAAGGGAUCCAUAAUCUAAGUAAUUGUCAAUUAAUAUUGAUUGAAUCAUGGUCAGAAAUCAAAGAUUUUGUAUCCAGUAUAGUUGAUCGAUGUCUUAUUGUGUUUUAUGGUAUUUUCAAAACGUUUAUUGAACUUGGAUUGAAUGAUGAUGUAGGAAAGAAGAACGUGUUUUUGCAACAUCAUCAAUUUUGUGGAUGGGAAUUGAAUAAAUUGUUUCAUCUUCUUUUACUUAAGCAAUCAAAGUAUGGAGUAGAUGUACUUGUGAACGAUUGUAUUGGUCAAGAUAAUGAUAAUGAUGAUAGUGAACCAUUAAUUUGGAGUUUACAAAUACCUAAUGUGAGAGAAAAACUACGUAACGAUAUAACAACUACUAAUCAAGAAGAAAAGAUGAUCUCGUUGCGAGUGAUAUUUAUUAAAUGGUUUGAAACGACUAAUAGAAUAGACUAUUCAAUUGUAUAA